AUGAAUAUUAAAGACACAUAUGGGGAAGAUGAAAAUUUGAGCGAUAUGAACACUUUCAGCAUUUCAGACAAGAUUGGGUUUGCUUCAGCUGCUACCACAACCUUUCAGAUAAGUGAGCCUCAAAGCAAAAGAAAGCCAUCCAAGUGCUGUGCCAGUGUGGCCCUUUGCUUCUACCUGCUGCUGCUGACGGCCGGCCAGGGGCUGCUGGCGUACAAAGUGUUUAAGAUGCAGAGAGAGAUACUGAAAUUUCAAGAACAAAAUACCUCCUAUACAGAAGAGAUUCUGGAAAGCUCCUUUGCCCACAAACUGCUUUCGGAGAGAAACUCUAUAGAGAAGCACAUGGGACAUGAAGAAAACUGGAGAAGAAGCUUAGAAGAAGAGAUCACCAUAAUUAAAAGCAGCAAUGCAAACCUGAUGAUGAUGAUGAGCAACAUCACCCUGGCUGCAGGGACUCCUGGACGCAAAGGAGAUCCUGGUCCACCAGGGCCACAGGGACCACCAGGGACAAAGGGGGACCGAGGAAUACAAGGACUGCAGGGUGUGAAGGGGAGUAAAGGAGACCCUGGUCGUGCUGGCCCAAGUGGUAUACCAGGAGUGAGAGGAGAAAAAGGAGACACAGGGCUUGCAGGUCUCCAAGGACAGAAAGGCGAAAUGGGCAAGAAGGGAGACCCUGGGCCCAGUGGACCCAUGGGUCCUCAGGGACAGCAGGGAGUCCCAGGACUGCCUGGUUUCAAUGGUAACACAGGGGAGCCUGGACGUCCUGGUCAGAAAGGAGAAGCAGGCGUAAUGGGACAACGUGGGCCUGUGGGAACUCCUGGCCUCGAUGGCAGACCUGGUCAAAAAGGAGAGAAGGGUGACCAUGGGCCCAGUGGUAGUCCAGGAGUACAAGGCAUUGCGGGACCUAAAGGUGAAAAGGGAGACAAAGGAACAGCAGGUCUGCCAGGGCAAACAGGAAUAAAGGGAGAUCGGGGCUUACCAGGCACCCCAGGCCCACCUGGUCAAAAUGGACGCAAGGGUGAUGAUGGCAGUCGUGGUCCAAAAGGUGAACCAGGAGUAAAAGGACAGAAGGGAGAUCGUGGAUACACUGGUUCCGAAGGAUCAAAAGGGAGCAAAGGGGAUAAGGGAGAAGGCAACUCAUAUAAUCUUAUACGAAUCGCGGGAGGGGGCAGAAGAGGCCGUGUGGAAGUCUUUCACAACGGGUACUGGGGAACAAUCUGUGACGAUGGCUGGGACACCAAAGAUGCCGCUGUGGUGUGCCGAAUGCUGGGAUACAGCCGUGCAGUCUCCGCCUUCACAGCAGCAGGAGGCACUGGACAAAUUUGGCUUGAUGAAGUGGAUUGCAGAGGGUCCGAAGGUUCAAUUUUCACCUGUUCAAAGGCCAACUGGGGCGUGCACAACUGCUUUCACAGUGAGGAUGCUGGGGUGGAGUGCAUUUGA